UGGCUUCACCUAGCUGGAUGACGUCUCCGUUAGCUCCCGGUAUAAACACGGGUGGCCCGGUACGCUCCGGUAAUCAGCCGUUUUCAGGCCUCUCGGGACGCACAGCCCCACCUGUCCGGUCUCCGAGCGAACACAGCCGCCAGAAACCGACCGAGUCCGUCCGGGGAUAAGGGCAGUUUCUGGCCACAGAAACUGUUUUCGCCAGAGCUGCGCAGAUAACGGACCGGAGGACCGGGUGGUCUUCCCGCUACAUUAACCCCGAAUUAAUGCUCAUUUCCCCGCCUGCCCUCCCGUACAGCAGCCGCCCUGACGCGCUCUCAUCAGUGGAUGUUACCGGGGAACGGAGCACCAUGGAGUUUCGGUGGAGCCUCCCGCUUUGCUCUGACACAGUGAGGUAACGGGAGCGGGACGGGGUUGCCUCACACACACACACACACACACACACACACACACACACACACACACACACACAUCAGCAACCUGUUGCCGGUCGCCGGUGACGCAGAGAGGAUGAGCGGAGCCGCCGCAACGUCGCUGCUGCUGCUGCUGCUGCUCGGCGGCCGUGCUGCGUUCACGGUCUGCAGGUCCCUGAACGCACCGCAGGACGAAGGGGUUCUUCCUCCGGAGACUCAGGCUGACGGUACCGACGACCUGACCGGAACAGGUGUGGACGGACACCCCCUGCUGGAAAAGACCCGUCCCUUCAUCCUGGUGGACGGACAGAGACGGAGUCUCGCUGAAGCUUUACAGGACGGUCACCCCGACAGGCUGCAGUGUGGCCUGGAGGUGGGAGGACGACUCUUCCUGCUGGACCUGGAGAAGAACCACGACCUGCUGCCCAAACCACCCAACGUCUUCUACUACCUGCCCAACGGUACCGGUGUGUCUGUGAAAGCCGAUCCUGUGACGCACUGUUAUUACCACGGCAGCGUGAGAGGAUUCCCCCAGUCCAGAGUGGCUCUGAGCACCUGCUCCGGACUCCGAGGCGUCAUCGCCAUCAACUCCACGAUGAGCUUCGAGCUGCAGCCGCAGGAGGACGGCCGCCAUCACCAAGACCUCCGCCGGCAGCAAGGGGAGGAGGAGGGGGGAGGAGGCGAGAGCGGAGGAGACGGGAGUGGGGGAAGUGGAGGAGGUGCUGGUGAUGAAGAAGGAGUCCACCUACUGUUCUCCACAAGCUCUCUGGAGGGCGACAGUGCUGGAGGCUGCGGGGUCUCCCACGACGCUGUCCCCCCUAUCCACAGCUCCACACACACACACAGGAGGAAGAGAGACAUCCUGUCUGAGACUAAAUACGUCGAGCUGGUGCUGGUGGCCGAUCACCAGGAGUUCCUGAAUUACCAGAAGAACAACAACAAGACCAUCAUCUACCGCAUGCUGGACGUGGCCAACCAGGUGGACUGGUUCUACCGUCCUCUGAACGUCCGGGUGGCGUUGACCGGUCUGGAGAUCUGGAGCGACCGAGAUAAGAUCCGGGUGGAAAAGAGUCCGACGGACACCCUCAACAACUUCCUGGAGUGGAGAACCAGAGAGCUGCUGCCACGCCUUCGCCAUGACAACGCCCAGCUCGUCAUGGGCGGGGCUUUUGAUGGCACCACCGUGGGGAUGGCGUCUCAGUCGUCCAUGUGCUCCAGGGACAGGUCUGGUGGAGUCAACGUGGAUCACCUGGUCAGUGUUCUGGGCGUGGCCUCCACUGUUGCUCAUGAGCUCGGUCACAAUCUGGGGAUGAGCCACGACACCGCAGAACGCCGCUGCUCCUGUGAGAACGAACCGCGGCUCGGAGGAUGCAUCAUGGAGCCCUCGACUGGGUUCAUGCCGGGUCAGCAGUUCAGCAGCUGCAGCGCUGCAGAUCUGUCCGUCAGCCUGCUGCAUGGAGGCGGGAUGUGUCUGUUCAACGUACCGCAGCCGGACCGCCUGCUGGGAGGACCUCGCUGUGGAAACCUGUACGUGGAGAAAGGAGAGGAGUGUGACUGCGGCCUGCUGGAGGACUGUGAGGACCCCUGCUGUAACGCCUCCACCUGUCAGCUGGUUCCUGGAGCUCAGUGUUCGUCUGACGGCAUCUGUUGCCAGGACUGCAAAUUGCGGGUGGCGGGCUCGGUGUGUCGUGAGCCACUCGGAGAAUGCGACCUCCCCGAGUUCUGCACCGGCUCCUCCCCCCACUGUCCCCCAAACGUCUUCCUACAGAAUGGAGAACCCUGCGAGGACGGUGCCUCCUACUGCUAUGGAGGAAUCUGCGCCAGCAUGCACACCCAGUGCCAGAUGCUGUGGGGACCCAACGCCACCAGCGCUCCAGCCGUCUGUUUCUCAUCAGUCAACAAACAGGGAAACAAAUAUGGAAACUGUGGUCAGCUGACCAACGGCUCCUACAUCCCCUGUGGGAACUCCGACGUUCACUGCGGCAGGAUCCAGUGUCAGGGGGGUAGGGAGCGCCCCCUGCUGGGCACCAACGCAGAGAUCCUCACCACCACGGUGCGCUUCAACCACAGCGACCUGGUCUGCAGAGGAACCUUCUUCCACCUGGGAGACGACGUGUCGGACCCUGCCACUGUGGCCCAGGGCACUGCCUGCGGCCCCGGCAAGGCCUGUUUGAACCAGAAGUGUCAGGACACGUCAGUGUUCGGUGUGGACAAAUGUCGUGGGAAAUGCAACGGUCGCGGGGUGUGUAACAGUAAUAAGAACUGUCACUGUGAUGUGGGCUGGGCUCCACCUGACUGCAGGUACUCUGGUCACGGAGGCAGCGUGGACAGUGGACCUGCCAGAGCCGCUCGAGAGUCUGACCCGGUUCGUGUGGCCCUGCUCGUCAUCUUCCUCUUCGUCCUGCCAGUGGUCCUCCUCUUCCUUGCUCUUCGCAUCCCUCGUUUCCGUCGGUGUCUCCUCUGUCUGGGACCAAACAGCCCGUUUCACAAAGCUCGACAACACAACCGAACCCCAGUGAUGGAGCGAUCGGACGGCAGGAACGGAGAGCAGGUCCGACCGCUGAGAUACCACCUGAACCCGCAGACUGACAUCCCGCUGACCCCGCCCCACAAAGAGGUCCCUGUUCCCCUCAAGCCUAUGGUGCCCAAGAAGCCCCCCCCUCUGGUCCCGCCCCACCGCCCCCCUCAUCCCGGCUACAUCUCCAACGCCAAACCACCAGCACAUGGAGCCGUCGGACCUGCGGCUGUUAGCAACAGACGACCUCCUGUUCCUCCGAUUCGACCCACAGUCCCUCAGAAAGUCGAGUCCUCACCGCCUCUUUAACCUCGAGGAUUCGAGCCUGUCGGAGGCUGCAGGGAAACGUUCGAUAAAACUCCUCCCGUGUGUCUCCUGGUAAAGAGAGACUGAAGAUGAUGAAGAUGAUGAUGACUUUAUUAUCCAUUUUGCACCCAGUCAUCGGAUUUCUCAUUUAAGCCUUCAUGAACUCACAGAAACUGUACGUACACGUUACAGUAAUGUAUCUCCAACGUUCAGUGCCUUGCUCAGCAGCACCUCGGCAGCGAUGUGUGGACACUUUGACGGACAGUUGAUGGUUUUCUCAUUAAAGGGUCUUGGUGUCUUAAAACAGCGCCCCCUGGAAGCAGCAGGGGUUUCAGUGCCUUGCUCGAGGACCUCUGGACGGGGAUCAAACCUGUGAUCAAAGUAGAGACUAAAUUUCCGAGUGGCUCCCAAACUGUGGUACAGGGCCCUCUUUCGGGACCCUGAGGAGGUUCUUCUGCAAAUAACGGAUAUUUUUUCAGUCUCGAACAUGAUUUUUUAAGUCAAAUGACAGAAGGUAAAAGAUUUUUAUUCAUUCUUGUAGUGAAAAUGGACAAUUUACGUUUUAAACGUUCACAAAAUGGGACAAAACAUUUUUCUAAUGGACUCAACUUAUCAAAUGUCAAAUAUCAAAUGGGACUGAAUCGCACUGGACUAACCAUUUAUAAGAAGGUAUAAAAUCGUGGAAUAAACCUUUACUGAAAGGUGAUCUGAACUAACUGAGUUCUCAAAAAGACUAAAUCCUGGACGAGCGUUUUUUUUGUUUCUGAAGGAUCAAAGUUCGAACGGACAUUUGGAAGAUGAAUUACGACGAGAUUUACGACAUACUGUAGGAAAAAGUGUUGGGGGAAAAGAAAUCUGAGUUUGAGAAAAAAAUUGAUAUUUCAAGAAUAAAGUUAUAAUGUUUCAGUUCUGGAAAUGAUCCAACUUUGGUCUUCGACAUUGUUCAACGUUACUUCCAAAAUAUCACAAUAUUAUUUUCGAAAUAUUACAACUUUAGUCUCGCGGUAUGUUACAGCUUUAUUCUUGAAAUGUCAAUUCUUGAACUUUUUCUCAAAAUAUCAUGACGUUUUUCUUCUAGGACGUUUCAAAUAUAUUUCGACUUUAUUCUCGAAGUCUCCCAAUUUUUUCAGUGGCCCUGAUGCUCCAUCGUAGGGAUCAUCUUUGAACGUCUACAAUCUUUGCAACAGUCCACUGACAGCUGGAAUGAACUUUUCCCACCUUCGCCUAUGUGGCCAAGAAACUGCUGGAAACCCAACGACCCGUCCCGGAUUUUUCGGACCAUUAGGUCUUUGUUGGACUCAAAGUGAACUGCAAGCCUUUCCAGGAGGGACUGGUUCUACCCCUGUCUGUUUCUGCUGGAUCAGGUUUUUAUUUUUCUAACCUGCCUUGCGAUCUCUAUGGGAGACAGCUGGGAAUGGGCGCUGUGAGUCCGUCAGCUGUUUGUAACGUUAGGGACGAGCUGGAUGAAUGACAUGAUUAAAAUUGUGUGGAUUUAGAAGAAGCUGUCAGAUUUAUCUGCUCCGUCGUCAUGUUCAGGGAACAGUUUCGGAGAAUCCUUUGUGGGAACUUUGCGUUUUUAUUGAAGGCUGGUGUCGUUCUGAUACCUCACCCGCACAAAUUUAAACCUUUCUUUUCCAUUUUCCAUUGGUUGUGCUCCAAAACCCGACAGUCGCAGUGCUGGUUAGAAACAGGUGAAUGUGGUUUCCAGUCCAUUUCAGGCUUCAGGAAGUUUUCGGACCUCUUCGCUUUUCGCACACUUUGUGUUGUAGAUUUAAUUUUAAUGGAUCAUUUAUCACAGAGGUCUACAGAGGGUUUCUUGGACUUGGUUUAUGUGAAUUGUGGGACCUUUUAUACUCAGGUGUGUGCCUUAUUAAACUGUGUCCAGUCAGUUCAGUUUGCCACAGGUGGACUCCGAUCAAGGUCUAGACACAUCUCAAGGAAAAUGAGAGCAAAGGGAAGCACCUGAACACAGUCUGGAGCCACAGCAGAGGGUCUGAAUGCUUUUAUAAAUUAGAGAUUUCAGUUUUUGAUUUUUAAUGAAUUUGAAAUACAGUUUUCACUCUGUCAUCCUGUCAUUAUUUAAAAUGAAAUCUACAACAAAAUAAAGUGAAGGGGUCUGAACCCUUCCUGACGCCGCUGUACGUUCAGCGGCUGUUUGACUGUCUUCAUGUGGGCUGGUGGGUAACAAGCUGCACGAUGGCAACGCUAAAGCUCAGCCGUCCAACAACAGCAGCCAAAGUUGUUAAAUGUUGUCUAAACAGCUGUCAAACAAGAAUUUUGUCCAAAUACAGUACAGUCUAAAACCGGCAAAGUUAUGAUUUCCAUCCGGGACUAAAUCAAUAGGAUUAGGAAUCUCACCAGAUAUUGGAAGCCUGUUUAGAGCAGAACGGUGAAGAACAACAGAACUAGUUUUUGUACAGUUUUCUCUGGAAGGCUGAGCUCUGUUCCUGCUACCAUCAAAAAUAACACAAGUGAGUAGAAAAUGACGGAGCAGAAGGGUGAUUUCCCACAUUUAUUUAGUGAUUCAAGCUGCUGCUGAGACUGUCACCAGCUCCACUGAAUCCACUAGAGUCAGUUUUUAUAGCAGACACUUCUGUGUCCUUUGUUUAGACUAAAGAGGAAUUUGUUUCUCGUCAUCUCUUCGUUCCCAUUUCCGCUCGUCAUUUCAGAAGUUUCACAUCCAGACAAACUCCGGAUGAGACUUAAGUCUCUUUCCUUGACACUCAGCCACAUCUCUGCGUCUCUGUUGGUCAAAUCAGACAUCAGUUACAGUCCGUCUUUGUUUUCUCUGCUCCAUGUGAAUCGGGGUCGUCCUCCGCCAGUCCACAAGGAGGUGGUGAUGCACCUGAAGAUAAAAAACGUUGGCCUCAAUUCACACCGUUACCUCUCGUUAUCAUUUAGCUUCCCCUUGUCUAUUUUCAGUUUUGUCUCCAAGAAAAAAAAAAGGGGCCUGACAAGCAAAUGAAAAAUGAAUGUUUUAUAGUACAACAGUGUUGAGGACAACAGAGCUUCUCUAAUCACCAGGUGGUCACCAACAACAUGGGGACAAAAACAAAUGAAAUGGACUACAAUUAUGGAACUGAUCCAUAACACUGUGCAAAAUCUCUUGGUUGCAUUUAUACUUUUUUGGCUAAAUGUAAAUGGGGUAAUUCACAGAUUGGACAACACCCAAAUCAGAGGGACGCAGGUUUUAUUCCCGGUCCUCCGGGGUCUUGAGUCCACGGUGCAGCGCAGUGAUGUUAAUAAAGGUCCAAAAAGACAACGAGUGCAUCCAGAAAGAAAAACUGAGUGCUCAACCUCAUAAAUAUGAAUCGGUUAUUACUUUUAGAGCUGUGAUAAUAAAAGUGUCUGUAGAGAAAAACUGAUCUCGAUGAAACCGGCCUGUGUGGAGGCAGAAACACGCUGCUGCAGAACUGAAUGUCUUCACGCGACGAUCCUUAAAUCCACUGAGCAAGUGUGCCUGCUCAAUCAGACUGACCCGUUGAUUUAUUGGCUGAUUUAUUGAUGGGUAUUCAUGAAGUUAACGUCCCGCUGUCUUCACAUGUUUGCUGCUAGAGGAAAAGUCCUCAAUAAA